AUGUCAACCAAAGAAAAGAAUGAGUUGUUGGUAUUGAAACAGAAACAAAUUGAAAGUUUAAAGAGUAGAUACCCAACAAUCAAAGAGAUUGCAAAAGAGUCAACAUAUAAGAUACCUUUAUUAGGAGGUAUUCAACUUGUUAUAUCAUUACCAAUCUAUUUCCCAAAUUCACCUCCAGCAUUCUUUUUGGAGUCUGGUGAUGGACAAACAUUAUCGAUCAGUCCACCAAACAACUGGACUCCACAAACCAAUCUAAGUAAAAUGAUUAUGGAAUAUAUUGAAUAUUACUCCAAGAAUCCUCCACGUUUUCCUACUUCUCAAUAUUCUCCACCACCAACUUAUUAUAAUGCUCAACAACAACCUACGCAACAACAAUCACCAAAAGGACCACCACCACCAUAUUCACCAGGAACAACAACAACUAAUGUACAAACAACACAACAACAACAACAACAACAACAGCAACAACAGCAACAGCAACAACAACAUGCCAUUCCAUCACUACCAACUGCAUUCCCAGAACUUGAAACAAAGACAAAAGAAGAAUUAUUGGAACUUUUACAAUCAGAUGAUUUGGAAUAUUUAAUCUUUUCACUUGAUGAAGUGAGUGCAAUGUCUGUUGAAAAGGAGAAUUUAGAACUUGAAAAUCAAAAAUAUAAUGUUGCAAUUGAAAAGAUUCAAACAGAAAUUACAGAAACAAGAUCAAAUUUGGAUGAACAAAUGGGAUUGUAUCAACAAUUAAAAUCAGAGUGUCAAGAAAAGAUGGAUCAAAGAAAAGCAAUUGAACAAAAAUUCUCUUCACAUGCCGUUUAUACUAAACUAUCAGAUGCUGUCAACGAUUCAGAAUCAGUAUCUGACAACUUGGCUCAAGAAUUUUUAGAUGGCAACAUGGAAUUAAAAGACUUUAAAAAACAAUUUAAAGAAAAGAGAAAUAUUUUCCAUUCAAGAUCAGCUAGAAAAGAAAGUUAUUCAAAGGAUAUGAAUAUUCAUAUGAUGUCAUUAAAUGCAACUGAGUAUAUUGGUCGUACUCCUCCUCAAAAUCCUCACUUUGAUAUCAUCUAUCAAUCAGAUUGUUUCAUUUCUAUCAACAAACCAUUUGAUGUUUGUAUUGAUGGUGAUGAUCGAGAACAUACAGUGCUAAAGUUUAUAGAGAAUCGAUUCCCAGAGUUAAAAGGUUUGGUUAGGUUUGCUAAUCGUAUCGACUAUGCAACGAGUGGUAUUGUUCUGACCGCACUCACCAAAGAGGCAACAAACAGUGCAAUGAAUCUAUUCAGUUCCAGAGAGACAAAGAAAGAGUAUCUUGCAAUCGUUUGGGGACACGCUCAUCCCGUCUAUGACGGCAACAACAACACAGAGAUGACAAUUGAUAGCCCGAUUGCAGAGAUGCAAGAUGACCCUACAAACUUUAAGAUGGUAAUUGGUGUUGCUGGAUCAACCAAUGCAGGACGUGCAUCAUUAACAAAGUAUCGAGUACUCGAACAUGGAACACUUAAUGGCAAAGCAGUCAGUAAAAUUCAACUGUUUCCACAUACUGGUAGAAGACAUCAACUUCGAGUUCAUAUGGCUUCAAUUGGACAUGUUAUAGUGGGUGACGAAACUUAUGGCGAUAAAGAUCCACUCACUCCAAGAAUGAUGUUACACUCUUGGAAAUUAAUGUUACCAUUCAACAAAUUAAAGAAAAAAGAUAAACAUCAUUCAAUUGGUACUUUAAACUUUGAAACAAUUGAUCCUUUUAAUCAAAUCAUUAAUAAUACAGAAACUAAAGAUAAUAUAAAUAAUGAAAACAAUUCUAUAGUUGAACGAAAAUAA